ACGUGACGCGCGGCGCCGGUGCCGCCAUGAUGGCUGCGGGCGGCGGGGCCGGGCCCGAGCGGGCCCUGGAGGCGCUGCUGGAGAUGGGAUUCGGGGCCCGGCGCGCGGCGAAGGCGCUGGCGCUGACCGGGAACCGCGGGGUGGAACCGGCCAUGGACUGGCUGGUGGCUCACGAGGACGACCCGAUGGACUCGGAUCCCGAGACCCCCCCGGACCUGGGGGCGCUGCUGGGGGGGCCCCGGGCGCCGGCGGGGGAGCAGGACGAGACCCAGAAGGCGCUGUCGGAGGCGGGGCAGGAGCGCGAGCGGCGCCGCCGGGGCCAGGAGCUCUCCAAGCUCCGGGAAUGGCGCCGGGACGAGGAGCGGCGCCGCGCGGCCGAGGAGCGGCGGCGGGACCGGGCCGAGGAGAGGGCGGCGCGCGAUGUGCGGGAGAAGAUCGAGAGGGACAAGGCAGAGCGAGCACAGAGGUUCGCCCCGAGCCCCCCGAACCCCCGGCAGCCCUGCCAGGAGGCGCCGGCGCCGCGGGAAUACGAGGAGUGCAGGAUCCAGGUCCGUCUCCCGGACGGCCGCGCCCUCACUCAGAGUUUCCGUGCCCGGGAGCCGCUCGCCGCCGUUCGCCUCUUUGUGGAGCUGCACCGGGGCCCGCCGGGGGGCGGGGCCGGGGGGCGGGGCCGGGGGCGGGGCGGGGGCGGGGGCGGGGCCGGGAGCCCCCCCGAGCCCUUCAGCCUCCGCACGGCGUUUCCCCGGCGCCUCUUCACAGAGGAGGACAUGGAGAAACCCCUGCAGGAGCUGGGCCUGGUUCCCUCCGCCGUCGUCAUCGUGGCCAAGAAAGAGGGGAGCUGAGGGGGGCACCCCAAGAACCCCAAAUAAACCCAAAAAAACCCCAAAA